AUGAGUGGCCCGUUCAUCUCCGCCUCUAGACCCAGGGCGCUCAUGUCUCUAUGGGGGUGUGUGUGGCUGUUGGGCUGCUGCAGUGUGGUGGUCAGAGCCGCACCGGGGGACUCGCCUGGGACCACUAACUCGGGGACAAGCUUCAGCGGAGCCAAUGGACCCCUGGGAUGGCUCCUGUCCGACAAGGGCCCAUUCCACCACUCACAGGAGUUUACCGAUUUCACUGAGAGGUAUCAGCAGGGAUUCACCACCAAAUACAAGAUUUACAGGUAA